GUAGCCGAGAGGUCAGUGUUCGUGCUAAGGAGUAUAGAAAACUUCCCACUAGCAAUAACGGAGAAGUGAAUGUGUUCGACGUUCGAUCGGUGCUAGCUAACUUGAUUAUUUUAAUAACGUGCAGUUGUUUAUAACUAGAUGUACAGCGAAUCACAUCAGCGAAUAUAAAAAAACGAAAUAAGCAAGCCAUGUUCAGUUCUAUUUUGAGAUGCGGCCGAUUCAAUUUUUCAAGACAGUUGUGUGAUGUUUGUGUGAAUUCUUUCAAUUUUGCAAAAGUUCUAACACGAGGACUAGAACGGUUAUCUUUUUGACCACUUUUGAACUGAACUCAAUUAUUUCGUGCCUUUGAAUGUGAAGGGAAAGUGCCUGCGAUUUUAAAGAGCCUUAUUUAUUUUAUAAAGCAUAAAUAAACAAUAUCUCUCAACAUGAGCAUGGACGAAAACGAAGAAGCCAAGUCACCCAUCCGCAGACUAGGAUCUACCAGAAAACUAUUGGUUUUCAACAAUAUCAGACUGCAGUUAAACGAACAGUUAAGAUGCUUAGAUGUGCGUAUGGAAGCCCAAGUGGCUCUGUUAACAGAGCUGCAAGACUUUUUCCGUCGAAGAGGCGAACUAGAAUUAGACUACUCCAAGAAUUUGGAUAAAUUAGCCAAAAGUUUACAACUUAGACAUAAGGAGCAGAAACAAAAAAGGGAACAGUGGCCUUUAUUUUCCAGUUACGCUUGUUGGCAACAGUUAGUAACUCAAACUAAGAAUCUGAGCCGGGACCAUGUAGCUUUAUCAGAAGUCUACUCUACGCAUUUAGUUUCUAGACUAGCACAAGUUAUGGAAGAUGUUCAACGAAUAUACAAAAGGUGUCGUGAAAUAGGAUACGAAACUCAUGAGGAGAUAUUGAGGGUACUGCACGAACUUCACACAAAAAUGAAAACAUAUCACAGUUAUCAAGCAGAACUGAGACAAACUGAAGCCAAACUCCGCACAGCUGAAGUGCAAAGAGCCAAACUUGAGUCAUCGUUGACUCAAGACAAGCUGGAACGCUCAAAGAAGUAUAAACUCAUGGAGAAAGAAGUUGCCAAAAGACGAGAUAAAUACACCGAUGCCAAGCUGAAAGCCUUGAAAGCAAGGAAUGAGUACAUUUUAUGCCUGGAAGCCUCAAACACCACUAUACACAAAUAUUUCGUAGACGAUUUAUCUGAUCUCAUUGACUGUAUGGACUUCGGUUUUCACAACUGCAUUUCGAGGGCCCUCUUAAUGCACGUAACGGCCGAAGAGGGACGCCAGAAGUCGGUGCAAAACGGUUUAGACACGUUAUCUGCUUGCAUAAAUUCUCUAGAUUCGCGACUGGAUAAACAAAGAUUCCUUGAAUUCAAUCACAGUGCAUUUAUGAUUCCGAAGAAACUGGAAUUCCAGGGCCACAAAACUGAUGAGGCUGCAGAACCAGAAAUUCAAAAUCUGCUACACAGAGAAAUGGAAAGCAGACUGACUCAAUUGCAGAAACGAGUCACAUCGUUACGGGCCGAAUCUGAAGAAGUUUGGAAAACUUUGGAAACGGCUGAGACUACUUUGCUCGAAAUGUUAAGUGCUAAAGAUUACGAUUGCAGUGGGUACUUUGGGGAUAGUGCUCAGCCUUUGAGCAAACCACCUGAAACUGUUUCGAUCAAGGCCAGAGCAGACAGGCAAGAAACAGAAGAAUUUUAUUUAACAAAGUUUCGUGAGUAUCUCGUGGGAUCCUCCAAGAUAGCACGCUUAGAUGCAAAGCAAGAAUAUCUUCGUCAAUCUCUAGUGGCUGAGGCUCCUGAGCUAUGCCAAACUAUUCGGCCGGUGGUAAAAACACCAAAACGAAAGCGAAUAGGUCGACUGCAGCUCAGUGGGCAGCCAAAGCUCUUUGGAGGUUCACUGGAAGAAUAUCAGGAAGCAACUAACCAAGAGAUUCCAUUAAUUUUACGUUCUUGCAUCCGGGUUAUUAAUCUUUAUGGGUUGCACCAUCAAGGGAUAUUUAGAGUAUCAGGAUCACAAGUGGAAAUUAACAAUUUCAGAGAAUGGUUUGAGAGAGGUGAAGAUCCCCUAGCGGAUAUGACUGAUGCUUCGGAUAUUAACAGUGUGGCGGGCGUUUUUAAGUUAUAUCUACGAGAAUUAAGAGAACCGUUAUUUCCGAUUAUUUAUUUCGAGCAAAUUAUGGAGUUGGCACAACUGGAAAACAAACGGGAGUUCAUCACCAAGAUGCGAGAAGUAGUUAAAAGCUUGCCUCGUCCAGUGAUGAUUGUCUUGAGAUAUCUGUUCGCUUUCUUGAAUCAUCUGUCUGAAUUUGCCGACGAGAACAUGAUGGAUCCAUAUAACUUAGCGAUAUGUUUUGGUCCUACAUUAGUACCUGUUCCCGAUGAUAAGGAUCAAGUACAGUACCAAAACCAAGUUAACGAAUUGAUUAAGAACAUUAUUAUAUUUCACGACGAGAUAUUCCCUAGCGAUGGCGGGCCCAUUUAUGAAAAAUACAUUUCACCUAAUACCGAUGACCAGGACGUGGGCGACUCUCCGUCGGAUCAGACGCAAGACGACAUAGAUUCGGAAGUAUGCCCAUCAGAAGAUGAUUCGGAAAACAUCGAAGCAACGGCACAGUUUGAUUUUAUAGCCAGAUCCAAUAGGGAAUUAUCUCUGAAAAGAGGCGACACUGUAACUCUAUACUCUCAGGUAUCAAACGACUGGUGGAGAGGAGCUGUUAAUGGCCAGGAAGGUCUUGUUCCCGACAAAUACAUCUCUUUAAAAAUAAAAGAUGACGAGCGUGAUAGAGACAAGUCCAUCAAUUUAAAGGCCAGCUCAUCCGAAGAAUCUGUGAAACGUCGAACUUCCAGCUCAAAUGAUUCAGAAAUAACUUGUGACACUGCAAACGUUAUAACUUCUAGUGGAGGCCCCAUAUGGCCUAGCUCAGAGCUCGAAGAAACUCGGAAGCAAGCAGGUGAUAUUAAAAAGGAACUACACCAAGCGGUUAUUAAGGAAAUAGCAAAAAACUUAAAUUCCAGCAUUAUUGAACCUGACAAGAUAUCCCUAGAUGAAGACGCUCAAGUAAUACGGAGGGAAAAGGCUGAAAUAGACGAGUCCAACGUGAACUUUUCUCAAAACAGAGAUUUAUGGCAACGAAGAGCUAAUAUUGAAGCAGCAGCUUCGCCUUUAAUGAAAACUCAAAGACUAUCAGAACCAUUUGCUCACAGGCAGAGUCAUACUCCGGAUCUAGUUAUGGAUCUACCUCUAGCUAGCUCUGUAUCAGUGCUGUCCAAUUUAUGCCUUAAUAGUUUACCAGAAAGUGGCAGCAACAAAGAAAAAUCUCAACAAGAUGUCGAAAGUCCUGAGCUGACCACUGCCGAAACAUUCGCAAAACAGAAUCAAUGUACUUUGAAAAAGAACACUAAAAUUCAGCUUGAGGCUAAUGAUUUUAUGACUAUCACAAGUCCAGUGCCAAAUAGAAAAUACGCGACACUGGGAGGCAGUUCCACUUCCACCUCAAGCUUCAAACCUCCAACUAAAACCAAACCUAUGGUGCUCAAGAAACCGGUCUUUUCUGUCCCUAUACGAUCCGUAUCUAUAGAAAUGGUUUGUAAUAAGGAAGAUCUUCCACCGUAAACGACUUGCUCACAUCACAAAAGGGAGUUAUUAAUUAAUUUGUAAUUCUUGAAAAUUCUGGGUGUUUAGAUAAUUAAUUCACUUUAACAAUUUAUAUGUAGAUAUUUUUCAUGACUCAGAAUGCGAUGGCAGUAAUUUGCUAAUUUUCCCAAUACGCUCUCCUUAUAGUGUUAAUUUUUUAAAUUAUUUCAAUAUUGCUACAGGAAGCGACCAACGAAUGACUUAAUAUACUAGGCAACGAGGAAAUCUUAACGGACCGAAACUAGCUAGCGCUUGAUUAUUUUCAAACCUAAUUACAUCUGGGAUAAAUUUGCUCUAUUUUAAAAUAGACGAAGGUCUUUUAAUUCAAUAUAAACCCGUCCUGAGGUAGACCUGUAUAAAAUGUCCAAUGACUACUAACGCAGACAAUAUUAUUUCUGGCUUUCACAACAGGUUUGUCGAUUGAGAAAAUCCAACUUGUUUGCGCCAUUUUCUUCGUUUAUGCCAAGAACAGGAGGUUUUUAAUUAAAUUGGUAUGGAGAUACGAACAAUUCACGAUGAUGUUUUGAUGGUUUCAUACGUACAACUUUUAUAUUAGCGGAUAGUCAAAUGUGGAGAUUAUUAAAUAUAUUUCUUAAGCCUUUAUAUUAUUUGAUACUGGCAGAGUAGAUACAUAUUUUCUACGAUAUUUAUUAAUGUAAUCAAAGUGAUACUUUUUUAUUAUUAAAUGUUCAUAAAUAAAUCUUCAUACAUUUCUUUCAAAUUUGCGCUUUUCGUCUCAGACUCCAAUCUGAACAGGGGUCGAUGUUGCUUUGAUUCAAGGAUGCAGCUCAAUUAUGAACAAUGUAGAUCAAGAUGCACAACAUUUUGUUGUUAACAGUGCCACACUUCCCAUUUCUACAAAGUUAAUGAGAAAACAGAUGUUACCUAUCGAUAAAGGGUGGCAUUCCUUUCGAUCAUCUGCAGGAUUCGAACUGAUUUUGUUAUAUGUAUGUGUUCCUUUUAGUGGCAGUAACGUUGUGUCCAAUCAAAUUAAAAUAUUUGUAAGUCAGUUUCCAAUAUAAAACUGUCAGAAGCAAAUAAGACUGGAGUAGUUUUAGUAUACAUACAUACAUAUAUAUUAUACUUAUAGUAAAACGAAAUUAAUUAUUUUUUUUGUUAUAACAGCUCAAAAGAAUAUGCUAUUUAUUUUUCUUCUACUACCUUUGAGCAUUGCAUUUGUAUUCCUUUACGGUUAAUAAUUGCUGUUGAGUUCGAUGUUGCGUCUGCUGGAACGCCCAUGUAAAUAUUAUGUUGUUUGUCUAUACAAGUAUAUUUUUCAUAUUCUGUUCUUGAAUGACAUUGUCAUAGCUUUUGUAUUUUAAUAUUAAGAAUUAAUUUUGAUAAGGUUGUAUAUGAUGAACUUGCAUAGAGGAAAGGCAUUAUUUAAUACUUUAUAUCACAAAUGCAGUAUUCCUAUUCAAAUCAGACCAAUUUAUGUGGCCUAUGUGUUUGUUUCUCUCGCUGUAAACACCGUAUAUCUAUCUAUCAGAAUUUCAAAUGUAUCUCGACUUGCUAUCUCAAUGUAUCAGUCAACCAGUUGGUAAUUUAAAUAGACACAUUUUUAUCAAA